AGGCGUAUUGUUUUGAUUGACUGCUAAGUGUACAUAUGUCUGUCACCUCAUAUCGGCUUGUCUUCUCACAAGUCCGCGCUAUGUUACCACAUCCGUGAGCUGGCAAAUCGAUUACAAUACAACAACGUCUAUCUGAAUGUACCCGGCUACAUCUGCUCCAACUCCCGCAUCGUGACAGGAGCCUUUGAGGAAUUGGUCUAAGACAUCUCCACAUGUGUUAGUUUGAGGCUGCAGACAGAGGACAGCAAAUCAAAAGACAGACGGCGACCACCAUUUUGAAUACAUUUGUUGGGACAUUAACAUAAAGUUAGCGCCACUUCAGUGUUUUGACCCUCUACCAGGCGUUUCAACUUCUCUUCAAGGCGCAUUCGUCUCUGUGCUGAGAUUGUGGUGAUCAUUUUCUUCCAAGCUGGGUUGAGAUAUUAAGAUGCUGUUCUCUAACGGGAGCCCGUAUUCGCCGCUGGAUCCUUACUCCUCCAACAACACCUCUCCAACCAACACGGUCCAGGACUCGGAUGACGGAGCAUCAUCCGUUACCGACUAUGCCAAUCUCCGGCUCCUGGACUUCGACUGCAGCACUGAUGAGUCUUUCUACGAUCAACUCUGCCCGAAUGCCGCGUGUCAGCAAAACCCCCAAAGGUGGAGAACUCCGUCCAGCUCCUGUCCACCUUGUUCCUAUAAACCCCCACCCUCGUACGAGGAGCAUCUAAAGCUGAAGAAAACCCAAUACAGUCCACCAGAAGACAGGUCGGUUUGUGGGAGUCCAGAGUCGCAGAUUGGCAGUUGGUCCAACCAUUCGUCGGCUAACUAUUCCACCAGUUCUCCACAGCAGCUAGCGGACUGGGGAUCUCUUGAAGAAACGAAAUGUCUUACAUUUUGGGAGUCAUCUUGCUGUUCUAAAAUAGAUGACGGGCCGGAUUACAUCGAUUCUCUGUCUCCAGAAGAGGUUCGCAAAGCCCUGGCCGAGGCCCUUUCCGGCGGCACAGGACAGAUUCAGCUGUGGCAGUUUCUCCUGGAACUACUUGAUGAAGGAAUCCACACCUCAUGCAUCCGCUGGGAGGACAGCGCUGGCGAAUUCAAGAUGCUCGACCCAGAAGGAGUGGCCAAGAAAUGGGGGAUUCGCAAAAAUAAACCAAAAAUGAACUACGACAAAUUGAGUCGUGCUUUACGGUACUAUUACGAUAAACUGAUACUGACUAAGGUACAAGGGAAACGCUACACCUACCGGUUCAAUUUCAAAGCCAUUCUGAGGGCCUUGAGAGGUGGAAACUCGGAUGCCGUUGACCCUUUUGCAUUCUUCGCACAAGUAAGGGCUUACAGUGCUUUGAGAGAGAGUCCAAACCCAUCCCGCGCCCCUUGUACACCAUCCCGUACCCCCGCCACACCACCCCGUGCUCCCAGUACCCCCAAUCAUGUCCUAACUACUUCAUCCCCUUCCCCAACAAAAAACAUUUUCAGACCAACCAAUCACGACACAGUUCCCCAACUGGGCCAGGCUUGUCGCGUUGAUGACAGAUAUGACACGUGGUGUGAUCAGGCUAAUCACGUGACCCCUGAAUGUGAUGCCUGGUCUGGCCACAAUUAUGGCAUCCAGCAAGCCGACCAGAUAUUGGCAGCCGAGGACCUACCACAAGAGUUGUCCAAUUUCGUCCUCUCUCACGCCUUUUGCCAGGCUAAUGACUAUCAAUAUGACUUUGACUUCCCAGAAAUCCCACACUGUUACCAGAAUUCACAGGUAACCUUUGAGCAACUUUAGAAAUUACGCUACAUAUGAAGUAUUUCUAACCAUAUAUGUGUUCCGCUUUUUGUAUAUCGGUGUGGAAAUAUCAUGUUAUUCAGAUCUCAGUCACCCUUAACGCCGAUGCAAAAUUGUACAGACAUAUUCCGUGCAUUUCUAGCGAUAUAAAGGUCUCAUGGAUUUGACAGUUAAAUCAGGUUAAUUUGUUAAAUAUUAUUUGUUAUGCAAGCGCGAAUGUGAGAAUUGUGAAACCUAGUAUAUAUAAGUACAGCCUGACAGUAUAUCCGAAUGGUCUGGUUACCAUGCAUAUAUGCAUGUAAAUAGCUGGAAAGGUGAAUGUCACGUUACUGUGACGUACUGACUUACAAGUAACUGGUUAUUUCCUUUUGUUAUUUCAAAUCGGUGCUCAAAGAGUUAUUACCUUAUAUUACAUAUAUGUAUAUUACUAACUA